AUGGCAGAAACAGUUCUCUCUUUUGUGUUAGAUCAGCUCUCAAUUUUUCUGCUUGAAGAGGGCAGAUUAUUGGGAGGGCUUCGCCAAGAGGUUCAACUCAUCAGCGAUGAGUUGGGGCACAUGAGAUCUUUCCUGGGAGUGGCAGAAACAAAGGAAGAAGAUGCAGAUCCCAGGAUGCAAGAAUGGAUCAAGCAAGUACGAGAAGCAGCUUAUGACACUGAAGAUGUUCUUGAUGAAUUCGUAGCUCGCUUUGCUCACCAUCAUGCAACAGGGUUCUAUGGCUCUGUUAGGAAAAUUUUCAACUCCGUGAAGACUUUGCGAGCUCGUCGUAAGGUUGCUGAGCAAAUACAGAGCAUCAAGGCCAGAGUAAAGAAUAUAUCUGAAGGGCAUCAGAGAUACCAAUCAGAAUUCGGCGGUACUACCCAAGCGGCGGAGUCUCUUGCUGCUGUUAACAACACAACAUGGCGCUAUAGCAGGGAUGAUGCACUUCUCGUGGAAGAAGCUGAACUAGUUGGCAUUGACCACCCCAAACAAAAGCUAAUUUCUCAACUACUCGAAGGGGAUGAUUCCCAGCUCAAAGUCGUUUCUGUGGUUGGCAUGGGAGGACUCGGAAAAACUACCUUAGUCAAAAAAGUCCACGAAGAUUUAGAUAUUAGAAGGCAUUUCCCAGUUCGUGCCUUUGUAACUGUCUCUCAACCAUGCAACUUCCAGGAGCUCCUGAAAGACUUGACUCGGCAGUUACACAAUGAUUUGAAGAAACCAGUUCCGGAAUCGAUUGAGGCAAUGACUGCAUUUCAGCUGAAACUAUGUGUUAAAGAUUUUCUUCAACAAGCUGGAAGGUAUGCAAUUGUGUUUGAUGAUGUAUGGGAUGUGGAAUUCUGGAAUGCGAUUAGAUUUGCACUGCCCGAAAAUGGCUAUGGCAAUCGCGUCAUGCUAACAACACGAAAAGCCGAUGUAGCCUCUGCAUCUUGCAACAAAUCUCAAGAUUAUGUCUUCAAAAUGGCGCCCCUGUCUUUCGAGGAUUCAUGGACCCUAUUUUGCAGCAAGAUCUUCAAAGGAAAUGGUUGUCCUGCCCAUCUAACAGACGUUGCAAAAGGUAUAUUGGGGAAAUGUGAGGGAUUGCCCCUUGCGGUUCUUGCAAUCAGUGGGCUUUUGGCUUUGAAAGACUUGAAUAUUGCAGAGGAAUGGGAGAUGGUUCGACGCAGCCUUGUGGGUGAAUUAGAAGGCUCUGGUAUGCUGGACAGGGUCAGAAAGAUACUGUCUCUCAGUUACAAUGAUCUACCUUGCCAUCUUAAGACCUGUUUGUUGUAUUUAAGCAUUUACCCAGAGGAUUAUGAAAUAGGUUGUCAUAGACUUGUUCAAUUAUGGUCAGCUGAAAGAUUUGUAGGUAAGAGAGAAGGAAUGACAACGAGAGAUAUAGGCUUCGAUUACCUCAGAGAACUGGUCAAUAGGAGCCUAAUUCAAGUGACCCAAAUUUUUUAUGAAGGAAUCCCCUACGCUUGUCGAAUCCAUGAUCUAGUGCGAGAAGUUGUUCUUUCCAAGGCAAGGGAACAAAAUAUGAUCGCAAUUACUACUGGACAAUGCACAAAGUGGCUAUCUGAGAAGGUACGUCGUUUGGUAGUCCAUAGUAGCAGCAACAACAACACCGAGCAGCACCAAGAAAGCCAAUGUUAUAGCUUUAACCACCUUCGAUCCUUUAUUACGAUUGAAUCCAUGAAUCCACUAAUAUCCAGAACCUUGUUAUCUGAAGUUUUGAAGAGUAGCAGAUUGUUAAAGGUUUUGGAUUUGAGUGAUGAAGAGACAUUGGAGAAAAUCCCAAAUGAGGUUUUCAACUUGUAUCAUCUCAGGCAUCUGAACCUAUGUAGGACAGGGGUUAAAGCAGUCCCGAAUUUCAUAGGAAAGCUUCGAAAUUUGGAGUAUUUGGGUUUGCGUGAAACUCAAGUCAAGGAAUUACCCGUGGAAAUCCUGAAGCUACAAAAGCUUGAGCAUCUUAUGGUAUUAAAAAAAGUUGAUGUUUCUGAUGAAAGUUAUGGAUAUCAUGGGUUUAAAGCUCCAUCAAAAUUGGGAGGGCUUCUUGCACUACAAUCAUUAACAACCAUAGAUGCGAGUAGCGGAUCCGUAAUAGUUAAAGAGAUAGGAGCAUUGACUCAGUUAAAACGAUUAGGGAUUUCAAAUCUGAGAAGAGAAGAUGGAAAGGUGCUCUGCUCCUCCCUUGCCACCCUCACUAGACUUUGGGAAUUAAACAUUGCUUCAAUUAGAAAUGAAGGUGGUGAUUAUGAGGUAAUGGAUCUGAAUCAUCAUGAUCAACAACAACAUUCUCUUUCAUCUUCAAUGCCUUCUUCAUUUCUCCAAUCUCUUCGUAUGCUAAUAUUGCAUGGCCGCUUAGAAAAGAUGCCGAAAUGGAUAGCUCAUCUUCAAAGCUUGGUAAGAAUAGUUUUGUGUUGGAGCCGUUUAAGGGUUGAAGAGGAUCCGCUUGAACCCCUCCACCAUUUGCCAAAUUUGGUUACUAUUCAAUUUUGUGGAUCUUACCAAGGAGAGGGGUUGUGUUUCAAGGCUGGAGGAUUCCUGAAGUUAAAGAAAUUGUACCUAGAGAAAUUAGAGAAGUUAAAAUGGCUGAAAGUGGAGGAGGGUGCAUUACCCAGUCUCCAAGAACUUAGUCUGGAUAGACUUCCAUUGCUAGAGGAGUUACCUUUGGAUAUUCAACAGUUAAGGAAUCUUCGAAAGCUGUAUUUGUCUGAGUUGAGUUCUCAACUGAUGGAGAAGUUAGAGAAUCUAAAUGAAGAGACUAAAGAUUAUAGAAACAUUGCACACAUUUCUGAAGUUGUCAUUGAAUUGUGGGCAGAUGAGGGAUGGAGACUGCACCGGCUGUGGGGGAAGAAGAUGUAA